UCAACUGUCAAAAAUCAGCUAAUCAGAUUGUUGCCUGCUGAUUUGUAAUUUGUGCAUCUUAAUUUCAUGUGUGGCAGCAGGAUUUUUUAAAUUAUCUGUCUUUAAUUUGUUUAACUUGUAUUUUGCAUAAUUUAAAAUAUCAAAUAUGAGCAGGAAUUAUAAGGAGGACCAGGCUAAUGAAAUAGAAGCCUUAGAUUCUAUUUACUGUGGCGAUAUGGAAAUUUUGGCAACGGAGCCUCUGCAUAAGUUUAAAAUACCAAUUGCCACAGAGGAAUAUAAUGCUGAAGAACAAAGUAAUGGUCUCGCGUGCAAAUUGGUGUUUGCAUAUACAGAAAAUUAUCCCGAUGAGGCGCCAUUAGUCGAAAUUGAAGAUACGAUAAACUUCCAAGAUAAUUUCGAAUCAAAAUUGUUAGAGCAACUUGAAUUAAGUAUUAAGAUGAAUGUUGGUCUUGAAAUGAUAUUUUGUUUAGUAAGCAAUGCACAAGAGUGGUUAAAUGAAAGAUGGGAUGAAUUUAAGAAGCAAGAAGAAGAGGAUCGUGCCCGUAAAUUGAAAGAGGUGGAAGAAGCUGAACAGAAGAAAUUUGAAGGUACGCGGGUUACAGUGGAAAGUUUUUUGAAAUGGAAAACGGAAUUUGAAGAGAGCACAGGCAUUGCUGCUAAAAGAGAAAAAAAUAAUGAUAGUAAAAAGUUAACUGGACGUGAACUAUUCAUCCGAGAUAAUACAUUAAAUGAAUCUGAUAUUAAAUAUCUAUUAGAAGCUGGUGAUUCCAUUGAAAAUGUGAAAAUUGAUGAAAGUUUAUUUCAAAAUAUUUGCGAAUUGGAUUUGGAUGAAGACGACGACGAUGAGGAGUGGACACCAGGUGAUGAUGAUGAUGAUUAAACAUAUUGAUGAUUUUAGGGUUUUAUUUUGUAAAUUUAUAACAAAUCUAAUACUUGGUUAUAUGAACAGAAUUUUGUACAUGAUUAGUUUUGAGUAUAAAAAUUAAAUUGAA